AUGACCCGCUGGAGCUCUUCGCUAUUGAUUGUUGGAAGUGUCUUGCUAGGCGGAUGCUUCUGUGCGGGGGACUUUGGACUUCCGUACAGUGUGCCUGGGUUCGAUGCAAACUUCCGGAGCGGCAUUGGAUCGGGAAUAGUGAACAUCGUGAAGGCAAACGCCAGCCUGCUUAAGUACGAAGCGAACCUGGAUCGUAGCGGAGCGACAACGGUGCUGUUUGAUGUUGCGAAUAACCUAACCACACCACUGAACAAGCUUUUGGGACACGUGGCAGCUACGUUUGGAGCGAACAGCUCCGAAUCGCUGCAGGCGUUGUUGGAGGAGUUGCAGGCCACCGUACCACCAACUACGUCAGCACUCGAGCAAGUAUCAAGCACAGUUCACAAACUAAAGGGAGCAGUACGACCGAAUGUUCUGGACACUCUCUCAAGCAAUGUGAGCACGAUCACAACGGAAAUCGGAACACUCGCUCGCAAUUGGCCACCGUUUGCCGAGGUGCUUAAAGAAGCCUCCGCCCCUGGCUCUACGUACAGUAGUGGAAACAUUUCCACACUCAUCACUCCCGCCCUGGUACAAUCGAUAAUCUCACCGGUAUCGCUUAUCAACUCAGCUCUGUCGGAUAUUGCUACCAUGUAUGGGACGAUCGCUAAGGAUCGCAUCACAGGCAUCGGGUAUGAAACGACCACCAACAGCAGCAUUCAAAACGCGCUCCAAGAUUUGUUGGGCAGUGUAACGCUAGCCAACCGGACGUUUAUGGACACCGCACGCCAGAUGGAGCAACAGUCGAAUGGGACCGUGCGUCAAGUGCGUGACGGUUACUCCUAUCUACUCACACGGCUCGGUGACGUUAGUACGGAAGCAUCCAAAGUGAAAGCUUUCCUGGACCGAACGGAAUCUCAAGGACUCGAGCACAACACCCGCACCGGGGAACUGUUGCGCGAUCUUGCCACCAACUACAAGAGAAUAAUUCAAACUGCCGGUGAAGCGAUCGGUAACCGAUUGUUUAAUGCUACGGCUUCACUGAUCGACGAGGCAGCCACUAGUGACAAUAGCUAUGCGGAUCGAUGCUUGCAGCGUUACGUUGGUGACUUCCGGCAGGGAUCGUACGCAUCGACACGGCUCUCGGUGUGCUAUCAGGUGGAUUCACGUACCGUUGGUUACCUUUCGUCCGCAAAUAACGCUUUCCUGGAGCAGCUACGGUACAGCGGUAUCUAUGGAAAUCAGGCACAAUCUGUGUGCGGUCAAGGCUCGUCUAAUUGCACCACGGAGUAUCUAGACCAACUCGAAGGCUUUACCAAGCAGACGCAAGCCCGGUUAAAUGCAUUUGUUACCUUCCUGGGGGAAGAAAUCAUGGCCCUAGUCGAACGGUACGACGUUUGUACGCGAGCAAUCCGGGCGGACAUUGAGCAUUUGGUGGAGACGACACAGUACAAGUUUCGCAACUGUUUCCUAACCGGAAGAUAA